AGUUCCCGUGGGCAAUAUACACUGUAUUCGCCAAGACGGAGAUCGAAGCUGGUCCGAGCGCGGCGCGAAACAAUAACCACGUUUGCCUCAAACACGACGGAUCACGCAGAACAUCGCCGAAUCUCAACCAUCGCAGACUCGCCUCCAACGUUCUCUUUGGCGCCAUUAACCCCAUUGCUUUUGGCGCUUCACUACCGCAACCUAAUACUUCCAAGAACAUUCUUUCGAGGUCGACGGGUCCGUUCAGUGGGGAUACGGGCAUUCGCGAAUUGCCACCAAAUCCUCCGGCGCAAGGUUGAGAAUCUGUCCAACUGUUAACCACCGCUAAACCGCUUGUCCGCCGGAAUGGCCGUUGCCAUCAACGACCGCACGGCGGAAUUUCGUCAUAUCGUCACUGCCGCCCAACGGAAACAGGCUGCAAAGCCAGGAUCGCAGAAACUCCUAAGCGAUGCGCAAAGAAGCGCGGCGACCGGGGGACCGCAGCCACGGCGAUCAGAGUUCGCGCGCCAUGCGGCGGAAAUCGGCAGGGGAAUAUCGGCGACGAUGGGGAAACUCCAGAAGUUGGCGCAGCUGGCCAAGAAAAGAUCACUCUUUGACGACAACCCGGUUGAAGUGAACGAGUUGACCUUCAUCAUCAAACAAGACUUGUCCCGUCUCAACGAAGACAUUCGCAACCUACAAGCACUAUCGAAGCGCUUACACCCAAAACCGGACCAAGAAGGGGAAAACAACAAGAACAUUUUGCUGCUGUUGCAGGGAAAGCUUGGGGAUGUGAGCGCGAACUUCAAGGACGUCUUGGAGAUCAGGACAAAGAAUAUCCAGGCCUCGAGGUCAAGAACAGAGGCAUUCGUGUCGACAGUGGGCCAGCACGCUCAUGCAUCACUCCCGCCCUCCGCAUCUCCCCUGUACAGCACUCCGAACAGGGCCACACCUUCGCCGGGGGCAGACCUCAUUUCACUCAACCCCAUGGGCGGGGACCAGCAGCUACAGCUCCAGAUGAUGGAAGAGGGCCAAAACACGUAUAUCCAGCAACGAGGGCAAGCCAUCGAAGCAAUAGAAUCUACCAUCAACGAGCUGGGGUCAAUCUUCGGACAGCUCGCUGCCAUGGUCAGCGAACAGUCAGAGAUGAUUCAACGCAUCGAUGCCAACACAGAGGACGUGGUCGACAAUGUCGAGGGAGCGCAGAAGGAGCUGCUGAAGUAUUGGUCUCGCGUCUCGAGCAACAGAUGGCUAAUAGCCAAGAUGUUUGGUGUCCUAAUGAUAUUUUUCCUACUCUGGGUGUUGAUCGCCGGGUAGAUGAGUCAAUGCGCUGUGUUCUUCUCUUGCUUGUACACCUCCUGUUCUUUUCUGUUUGCAGGCCCGUCACGAUAGACUAUCGCAUGAUAGACCUUGGUAAUAUGUGUUCAACGAUAUUGUCUCGAGCGAGCUCGGGUGCUGGAAGGGAGUUCGGGAUUUAUUCUUUAUUGUAUG